AUCUCUUUUUCGCAUUUAAUACUUAUCUCACUUCAAAGCUUUACCCUAGUGUCAAAACAUGGCCUUCUCAAGUGCCUACUUCCCUGUCUUUUCUUCCUCACGCUGUUGGUCGUCUCUGCUGAUGGUGAAGAGGCCAAUAUUUUUAAAGGAACUAAAAACCCCUUUGCGUCUUUUUGAUGAUGUCUGCAGAAAAGAAGGCUGCCUUGCCUUACAUCAAAUAUGGAGUGAACAAAACAUUUGAACUCUAAGGGUGCUAUCUUUACUGAGCUUUAAUUUCUCUCUUUUUCUUCUUUUUUUUUCUUUUAUUUUUUCUUGACCUUGCAAGGCUUUUCAAGUCUUGUUUAGUAAUUUUAGUUAUGUUUUAUUUAUUUUUUAUUUUUAUUUUCUAAUUUUCUCUUGAUCAAUCCUCCCAUCUUCUUCAUCUCUAUCUAUCCCUCCUGAGCUUUUAAUUACCCUAGCCUGCACUAAACAAGAAAAAACCUGCUGCUAGCUGGAGCUAGUGCUCCUCCAUGUCUUGUAUACAGUUUGUAGUUUUAUCAAUUUAUAUAUAUUUAUAUGUAUUUGUAUUGUAACUUCUGUUGUAUAUGAAGUGUUCUUUAUUUAGAGUUGUGGAUCUAAGUUUCUUGAGGUUGUUGUGGUUUGUCUUGGGAGGGUGCUAGAGAGGAAGGAAGCUUUUCUCGUAUGGAGAUAACCGGAGGGCUCAUUACAGGAGCUCUAAUUUGUAUUUACAUGAAACCAAAGCAUGUUCAGAUUUCUGAAACUUUUGGAUCUCCUACAGUGUAGUCUGAAAUUAAUCAUGUCUGAAACUUGUUUUGCCACUUUUUUUUUAUUAUUUUCUUUUUAAUAAUGCUGUGCAGGUUAG